GCCUCCGUGUCCUUGCCGCCUUGACCUCUUCCAAUUGCUCAUCACCCCUUCUAGCAACCAAAAAGGCACCCACUUGGACUCACGUCUCUCAACUUGAUCAACCUUCACAGACAUGGAGUCCACAACAGCAGCACCAGCACCGGCCCAGGAUGCGGCAAAGAUUGAGCGAAGAGGCUCAGCACCAGUCAAGCGCAGAGUAAGCCGCGCAUGCGACCAUUGCCACCGAAUGCGCACACGGUGUAACGGUCAGGCACCAUGCUCGCGCUGCAUAGAACUUGAAUAUGUUUGCCAGUACAACCGUGAAAAGAAACGCAGAGGAAAAGUAAGCAUAACCACACCCCCAUCCAUGCACUCCCAAACUCACCUUCCCCAGGUCCCGCGACACAUCCAGAAGCAAAGAGAAGAGGCCGCUGCCGGUGGCGGUGGUAGUCCACAGACGCCAAAUGGAAUCAACAGUUACUUUGAGAGGCCCAGCGUCAUGAACGAAAUGGAAGAGGAUGUGUGGUCGCAAUCAGAAGCCACGCCCGUCGUACAGCAUUUCCCAUCUACCAAAACCGGCUUGCCCACAGGUGACUGGCAGGCUUUGAAUUCUGGCGCCGCUUUUGACCCUCCCGUCAACCACAUGAUGAUCGACCCUUUGCUCCUUGGAUCCGGUGCCGCUUACCCCCCAAUGCAUGCCGAGAUGCCGCGCGAGGAGCUCAUGUAUGCCAUGAAUGGCAUCCACCUCAUACCCGGCUCCAAUGGCACUCCAGUAUCCAUCCCCACUGAAUACGCAAACAUGGCCUACCAUAUGCACUACCAACAAGCUGCACGCCAAUCCUCACCUCACAGCUAUGGCUCUGCAGACACUGGAUCACCACAGUCGGGCGUUAGCGCAAACUCAUCACAGCACAGCGGACCCAUGCUUUCUUGCAGAUACCCUGUUUUGAAGCCGCUACUACCACAUCUUGGUAGCAUCAUGAACAUCCCCACCGCCUGCGAUCUUCUCGAAUUCUACUUCCAGAGCUCUUCGUCCGUCUUCAUGGAGCCCGUCUCACCAUACAUUCUUGGAUCUGUCUUUAGGAAACGGAGCUUUUUGCGCCAACAUAACCCAAGGCGAUGCAGUCCAGCCCUGCUAGCCAGUAUGCUCUGGGUUGCAGCUCAAACCAGCGAAGCCAGCUAUCUCACUUCAUCACCUUCAGCAAGAGCCAUCAUUAGCCAAAAACUGUGGAAAUUGACCGUCGAACUGUUGAAACCCCUGGUCCACUCUCCAUCCUCGCACGGCUUCACCCCUGGACCUGGCGUUACUUCUGCUGCUCACGACGCUUUUGGCGUGGAUCGGGUAAUAGGAAGGUAUGACGGAAGAGCAGACGGAGCAUUGCCACCCACCAGCACACUAGACGACGUUGCUACAUAUAUCAACCUCGGAGUGGUUACUUCAGCAAGCGAGUACAAGGCGGCUUCUUUGAGGUGGUGGAACGCGGCGUGGUCGCUGGCUAGGGAGCUAAAACUGGGCCGAGAACUGUCUCAAAAGCCGACCAAAGAACACGAAGGAAACACGACUGAUGGAGAAGUUGAUGUUGGCGUAACAGACGGCACCGGUGCUCAAGCGCCCGCAGGUACCCCAGCUGCAGCCAUCAUCGAAGAAAUGAAAGAGGAGAGGCGGCGGCUGUGGUGGCUGCUUUACAUGGUCGAUCGACAUCUUGGACUCUGCUACAAUCGCCCGCUGGCCAUGCUGGACAAUGAGUGCGAGGAUCUAUUUCAACCAGUUCCCGACACUCUUUGGCAACAGGGCGAAUUCUACACUGGACACGCAGGACCACGGAAGCGGGGGCUCAACUUUCAGUGCACAUCACACGAUGUUUUUGGCUUCUUCCUGCCGCUAAUGACAAUCCUUGGCGACAUUGUAGAUUUGAACGCGCAAAAGAACCACCCAAGAUUCGGUCAGCGGUCAUCUUGGGAACUUCAUGAGGCGGAAAUUACCCGCCAAUUGGAGCGAUACGCGUACAGCAUUGAGGAGUUCAAAGCGCAAUACGGCUGCGGCCCGAAUGAGGAAGUACAACCAAACACUACACCGGAUCCGGUUCGAGCCGAAUGGAUUCAUCAAACAAAAAAGGUUGCCGCAUAUGCCACACACAUCAUGCACGUGCUUCAUAUUCUGUUGCACGGCAAAUGGGACCCGGUGGCGCUUUUGGAAGACGACAACAUGUGGGUGUGCUCACCGUCUUUCCUCGCCGCGACUUCAAACGCCAUCACAGCGGCCCAUGCAGUCGACGUAAUUCUUGACGUCGAUCCGGACCUAUCCUUUAUGCCCUACCUGUUCGGCAUGUAUCUGCUCCAAGGAAGCUUGAUUCUGUUGCUCUUGGCCGACAAGUUGUCGACCGAGACCAACGAGAAUGUGAUUCGUGCCUGCGAAACAAUUGUACGGGCACACGAAGCCGCUGUGGUGACGCUCAACACAGAGUAUCAGCGUAACUUCCGGAAAGUUAUGAUAUCCACAUUGGCUCAAAUCAAGGGCCAUGGCCAUGCGAGGGAGAUGACACCAGCCAAACGGAGAGAGGUGCUCUCGCUAUACCGAUGGACCAGUUUAGGCAACGGUCUAGCAAUUUAGAUGGGUUUGGGUUGCAUUGAGAAAGUGAAUUUUCGGCGUCAGGGAGCAAACCAGACGAAUUCUGGUUUGGCUAAAACACUACUAUUACCCAGGGAUUUUGUACGAUUACGACUAUUUGGGGGAAACUGCGCGGGGUUACGAUGGCAUGGAAAACUAAAAAAAGGCGCGCUUCGCUUCGUUACGACCCGA